CAUCUGUCCAAAAGUAUAAAUCCAUUUCCGACUCGAAUUCUAAUUGCGGGCCGGAGUGUAUUAUAUUUCUAGGGUUUGGUCAAUCCAAUCGUUUUUCCUCUCAAUUUUCGUUUACAGAAAUAAUUAUGGCUACUGCAUCAGGGGCAUUUAAAUCUAGGGAGGAUCAUAGGAAACAGUUGGAAUUGGAAGAAGCAAGAAAGGCUGGUCUUGCUCCGGCUGAGUUGGACGAAGAUGGAAAAGAGAUUAAUCCUCAUAUUCCUCAGUAUAUGUCUUCAGCUCCUUGGUACCUUAAUGCAGAAAGACCAAGUUUGAAACAUCAAAGGAACUGGAAAUCAGACCCGAAUUACACAAAAUCGUGGUAUGACAGAGGUGCGAAGAUAUAUCAAGCUGACAAGUAUAGGAAGGGUGCAUGUGAAAACUGUGGAGCAAUGUCCCAUGACACUAGGUCAUGUAUGGAAAGACCACGCAAACUGGGAGCAAAAUGGACAGGGAAACACAUUGCCCCUGAUGAGAAGAUAGAGCAGUUUGAGCUGGACUACGAUGGUAAAAGGGAUCGUUGGAAUGGUUAUGAUGCUGCUUCUUAUGCCCAUGUCAUUGAACGAUAUGAAGCAAGGGAUGAAGCAAGAAGGAAAUACCUCAAGGAGCAACAACUUAAAAAAUUGGAAGAAAAAAAUAACAAGGAUGACAAAGAAGAAGGUGAUAGUGACAAUGAGGAUUGUGAGGAUGCUUUGAAGGUAGACGAAGCGAAGGUUGAUGAAAGCAAGCAAAUGGAUUUUGCCAAAGUUGAGAAGCGCGUGCGGACCACUGGUGGUGGUAGCACAGGGACUGUUAGGAACCUGCGUAUUCGGGAGGAUACAGCUAAAUAUCUUCUCAAUCUUGAUGUAAAUUCAGCACACUAUGAUCCCAAAACACGGUCUAUGCGUGAAGAUCCUCUUCCUGAUAUGGACCCGAACGAAAAGUUCUAUGCUGGAGAUAACCAAAACAGAGUUAGUGGUCAAGCAUUGGAGUUCAAGCAGCUUAAUAUUCAUGCCUGGGAGGCUUUUGAUAAGGGUCAUGAUGUUCAUAUGCAAGCAGCUCCAUCCCAAGCAGAAUUGCUCUACAAAAAUUUUAAGAUUAACAAGGAGAAAUUGAAGGUGCAAACUAAGGAUGAUGUCAUGGAGAAGUAUGGCAAUGCAGCUAGUGAUGACACACUUCCAAGAGAACUCCUACUGGGUCAAAGUGAGAAAGAGGUUGAAUAUGAUCGUGCUGGUAGGAUUGUGAAGGGACAGGAGAUGUCACUUCCUAGAAGCAAAUACGAAGAGGAUGUUUACAUCAAUAACCACACCACUGUUUGGGGUUCAUGGUGGAAAGAUCACCAAUGGGGUUACAAGUGCUGCAAACAAACAAUCAGAAAUAGCUAUUGUACUGGUGCUGCUGGAAUUGAAGCAGCAGAAGCCUCUGCUGGUCUUAUGAAAGCCAACAUUGCUCGUAAGGAGGCUGCUGAAGAUACACAUGUGCCCGUUGAGGAGAAGAGGCUAGCUACUUGGGGGACUGAAGUACCGGAAGAUCUGAUACUAGACCAGAAAAAGCUCACUGAAGCUAUAAAGAAGGAAGAGGAGAAGAGACGUGAAGAGAAAGAUGAACGGAAGAGGAAAUAUAAUGUUAAAUAUAAUGAUGAGGUUACACCUGAAGAAAUGGAGGCAUAUAGGAUGAAGCGGGUUCACCAAGAUGAUCCAAUGAAGGACUUUCUUCACUGAGUUUUAGAUGUGGCCAAAUUGUUCACCUCUAAGGGGAAACAUCAGUUGGGACCAUGUGCCACUCUUAGGUGAAAUUGGGUAUGAUAGUUUCUUAGUCGAAAAUUGUAUUGCGAUGAAGAGUCUCUCUGUUGGGGUUGCUUGAAGAUCUUUUUCUUCUAUGAUUUAGUACCUUUAAGUUGUAUACAACUGCACCUACAUACUCUUGAGAGCAUAUGUACAAUAAGAUACCUAAAAAUUGGGAAGUAUCUAUGUUCAUGUAAUAUGCUGUAUUUCACCGGUUUGUGGUUGUAAUACAGGCAAAGCCUGUUUGUUUGAAGUCUUUACUCUGGUUCUUGUAUAAAUAUUUGCCUUCUUUCUGCGUUUGUGUGUGUCAUUUCAACUUUGUGAAUGUGAGAGACUACUAUUGCAUUGGCUCAUUGAAUCAAAAUUCUGUUAUUGCAUUUAA